GACAUGCACACACACGCUCAGACACACACACAUUUUUCAACGUGCUGAAGACCUCUGCUUCAACCCGAGGAAGUAGUCAACCCCUCUGUCAGCAUGCUGUGUGAAAGCCGCCUCUGGACUGUGGCGUUCUGCCAGGACUGGGACCGCCUGUCUGACAGCCACACACACACACCUGUACCUACAUCAAGCUCAGCAAGCCCCGUCCACCUCCCCCGCCCCCCCAUGCACGUCCCCAAAUCUCCGCGGCAACCCUGUGACAGCCCGGAGCUGUCCCUGGCAGAGAGUCCACGGCCGCUGGACGCCCAGUCGUGCAGACAUGUCUCCCCAGGAGUGGACGUCCCCGGGCGGGUCGCCUCAGGCCCAGCGGAGCCCUUCCUGGUGCCCCCGUCCUGCCACAGCAUCUGCCAGCACUACAGCGACCUCCACAUCGCCGGGGACCAGGUGCUGCUGCUGGGGGGGGCAGGCGAUGCAGGCGAUCUGCAGGCCAGCCCCUGCCAGGACCCCGAGCCGGAACAGGAGCCGCUGCUGCUGUCCUGGAGCGAGGACCCCCCUCUGGGCGUCCGGGAGCGCCCGUCCCUGCUGGCGCCCGAGCGGCCGCUGUCUAACUCGCAGCUGAACCGCUACCUGGAGCAGAAGCUGCUGGAGCUAUACCGGCAGCACCUGACCCAGGGCCCCGCCCCGCAGGACCGGCUCGCCCCCCUGCCGCUGCCCGUGCUGGCCUCCGAGCUGCUGCAGACCAGCCUGGACCAGAUCACCCUGCAGCUGCGCCGGGACCAGAACCUGGGGGCGGACCGUGCCAAGGACAUGGUGAUGAGCUGCCUGCUCAGGGUGGCCAGCAGCCUGCAGUCCAGUGAGAUCAGCACCCCACUACUGCAGAUAUCCACUGAGAGAGAGAGAGAUCAACACCCCACUACUGCAGAUAUCCACUGAGAGAGAGAGAGAGAGAGAGAUCAACA